AUGUAUGCUUCGGCUUUCCACAAGACUUCUAAAGAAGCUCCUGCUAAGACAGGAAAACAAAAUCAUUCGGUUGCGCAUUCUCCUAGAAGGUUGCAAGCUCUCAAGGACCAUUUUGUUCAGCGGGCCACAGACCGUAGGCGUGGCAUUGUUGAGGACCUCCACUUAGCAAUUGAGGUGUUUAUAGAAUCCGCAUUUGAUGUUGUUCACAAGGCGGCCCACUGUCUUCUAGCGCCUAUAGACACGACUAAAAGAGUAUUUUGGUGGGUUUCUUCACAAAUAAGUGGCGAUGAAGAGGUUAAUUCAGAGGGUUAUGUCACGACUUCUGUUCUAGCAGAUGAUAGUCCAGCUCCUGUGGAGAGAAAAACGAGUUUUCACAAUUCUCUCAAUACAGAUGCACGGACAUGUAAAGAUGUCAUUGCAGAGCUAGGGUACCCAUAUGAAGCUAUACGAGUGAUUACAUCCGAUGGUUAUGUACUUCAUCUAGAAAGGAUCCCAAGAAGAGAGUCACGAAAAGUUGUUUAUCUGCAGCACGGAAUAUUAGACUCGUCUAUGGGUUGGGUAUCCAAUGGAGUUGUUGGUUCUCCAGCUUUUGCCGCCUUUGAUCAAGGGUAUGAUGUUUUCCUUGGGAACUUCCGUGGCUUGGUCUCAAGGGAACACGUCGACAAAAAUAUAUCAUCACGUCAAUACUGGAACUACUCGAUCAACGAGCACGGCACGGAGGACAUCCCCGCAAUGAUCGACAAGAUGCACGAGAUCAAAACCUCCGAGCUGGGCCCGGCCCGCGAUCUGGGCCCGGAGCCCUACAAACUCUGCGCCAUCUGCCACAGCCUCGGCGGGGCCGCGGCCCUCAUAUAUGUCGUGACCCAACGCAUUUUGGAGCGGCCCCACCGCCUCUCCCGCCUCGUCCUCCUCUCCCCCGCGGGCUUCCACGGCGACUCGGGCCCCGUUUUUACCCUCGUCGAGCGCCUCUUCCUCCUCGCUGCUCCGCUCGUGGCCCCGUUCGUGCCCGCCUUCUACAUCCCGACCCGUUUCUUCCGGAUGCUUCUCAACAAGCUGGCCCGCGACUUCCACAACCUUCCCGCCGUUGGUGGGCUUGUCCAGACCUUAAUGGGCUACGUGGUCGGAGGGGACAGUUCCAACUGGGUCGGGGUCCUCGGGCUCCCGCACUACAACAUGAACGACAUGCCGGGGGUUUCGUUCCGGGUCGCGCUCCACUUGGCCCAGAUGAAACGGGCCAGGCGGUUUGUGAUGUUCGAUUAUGGCGGGCCGGGCCCAAACUUGGAGGUGUACGGGGAGCCCGGCCCGUUGGAUGUCGGGGAGUAUUACGGGUUUGUGGACGUGCCGGUCGAUUUGGUGGCCGGGAGGAAGGAUCGUGUGAUAAGGCCAUCUAUGGUGAGGCAGCAUUAUCGGGUGAUGAAGGAGGCGCGCGUGGAGGUCUCGUACCGCGAGUUCGAGUACGCGCAUCUCGACUUCACGUUUUCGCACAGGGAGGAGCUGCUGGCUUAUGUCAUGUCGAGGCUGAUGUUGGUGGUGGGGCCCACGUUGGGGGAGUCCCGGCAGCUGAAGUCGAUGAGGAUGAGGAGGAAGGGUGAGGGAGAAGGGUGUAAUUAG